GAAGGGCAAAACACACAAUUCAACAGAAGUAUGUGGUCAGUAUAUAAUUAGCUCGUUUGUAUUAUCAAAUCAAAAUGAUAAGGACAACAAUAGAGUGGAUCAAAGACAGAAGAAUGAGAGAGCAGCAAUAGAUGAGGCUAUAAGUUACUCCCAUCCUCAUCAACCUCUCUGAAAAAGUUGAGUAUUUUAUUUUAUUUAUAAAGAUGGCGUUCGGAUCAGUUUGAUCACCUCAACUAAUUCACCACACAAUUACAUCUAUAUAGUAGCGGUGGAAUUGCGAGUAAAAAUUCGAAAUCUUUGUCUUGUUCAUUAUUCGAUCCUAAUCCAAGAUAUCUCCAGAUUCUUCUAGAUUGCUCCCUGUUUCAUCUAGUCGCAGCUAUUCCCUUUCUGUUUCAAACAUGGACAACACUGGAGGUCCAACAUUGUUUCCCUUGCAUCGCUGCAAAACAAUUCACCUGUCGAGGUUGACUUCCCUAUUGGAUUUUGCUCACAAUUUUGAAGGCUUUGUGGUCUUAUUAAAACCAUAUAUCUAGGUGAGGCAUGGUCAGGGCAUUCACAAUGUUGAAGGAGACAAGAAUUACAAAGCAUACCUGUCUCCUGAAUAUUUUGAUGCAUACCUUACUACACUUGGUUGGCAACAGGUUGAUAAUUUGCGUAAACACGUUCAUGCAAGUGGACUCUUUAAGAGAAUUGAGUUAGUUGUCACAUCUCCUAUGCUAAGGACAAUGCAAACAGCAGCUGGAGUAUUUGGUGGUGAUGGCUACAAAGACAGGAUGGAUAUACUACCAUUGAUGGUGGCGAACACAGGAUAUAGUGACCGCUCUGCAAUUUCUAGUCUGGAUUGCCCUCCUAUCAUGGCGCAUGAGCUUUGUCGUGAACACUUGGGUGUUCAUCCUUGUGAUAGCAGAAGGAGCAUAAGUGAAUAUCAGUGUCUCUUUCCUGCAAUUGAUCUUUCACUGAUUGAAAGUGACGAGGAUACCCUCUGGAAGGCCAAUGUUAGGGAGACAAAGGAAGAAGUCAUGGCUAGGGGAAUAAAAUUCCUGAACUG